UGUGGCCAAUCACGAACCGCAAACUCAGUACAAUUUUGUACAUAAACGGUGUCCCCAAACAUGAUUUGGGUCAAUUAGAGAGAGUUUUAAACGAAGUAAAGUUCACGCAGAUAAUAUGUUAAUUUACGAAAAUGUCCUGUCUCCUCGAGACUUGACAUGCUGACUCGACAGGACAGGUGGGCCCGAAGUGCUGAAGUUGCGGAGGGCUGACCAAAACACCUGUCUCUGCCAGCUUCUAUCCUACGGCGGUCUCAGUGUAAUUUAAUCCCCACGAAAUUUGUCCAACUUCACGGUGUUUGCAACACUUGAACAGGAAGCAAAAGCAAGGCAUUGCUUUUUCAACACGACCAAGUCAUGGCAGAAUCCGGAGUAUUUGAGAUUUGCUGCCCUGUGCAAAAAUAUCACUGGGGGAAGAAAGGAAAGUCAAGCCUGGUGGCUCAGCUGGCAUUCAAAGGUCAACACUUGGAAAGUAUCGAUGAGUCCACACCGUAUGCAGAGCUGUGGAUGGGAACCCAUCCGUCCUGUCCGUCGAAGGUGAAAGGUACGGACAAGACUCUGGAAUCGUGGAUUUCGGAGCAUCCUGAAUGUCUUGGGUCUGGAGUGAAGAAGGUGUUUGGAAACAAACUGCCUUUCCUGUUUAAAGUACUCUCUGUGGACACAGCACUGUCCAUCCAGGCGCACCCAACCAAGGAUCUUGCAGAGGAGCUUCACAAGGCCAGUCCCGAACAUUACCCAGACUCGAACCACAAACCUGAAAUCGCAGUUGCAUUGACCGAAUUUGAAGCGUUGUGCAAUUUUCGACCUUUGUCAGAAAUCAACCGCUUCACUAGAGAAAUUGCUGAACUGCGAUCGUUGCUUGGAAGUGAUGCAGAAGGUCCACUUCAAGAUAAGAACUGCCUUAAAAGGUGCUUCAGGAGACUUAUGGUCAGCAAAAAGGACACAUUUCUUCCACUGCUCAAAGUGCUAUCCAUAAGGCUUGCUGACAAAGCCAAGAGAGGUGUGGUUCCGGACGACCUAGCGGAGGUGUAUCUUCGUAUUUAUAAAACCUACCCCGAGGACAUAGGAUGUUUUGUGGUGUUCUUCCUGAACUACAUCAGACUGAAACCUGGAGAAGCCCUGUUCCUGGCAGCCAAUGAACCGCACGCUUAUAUUUCUGGCAACUGCGUGGAAUGCAUGGCGUGCUCGGACAACGUUGUCCGGGCGGGACUCACGCCGAAGUUCAAGGACGUGGACAUCCUCUGCUCCAUGCUGACCUACAAUUCCAUCCUACCAACGGACGUCAAGUUCCCUCCAGUAUCCCAGGAUAAUUGCUGCUCUACGUUCCUCCCUCCCAUACGGGACUUUGCUGUCGCAAAGUACCACGUACCAGAAGGAAGAACGCACAUCAUGAAAGCUGUUGUAUCAGCGAGCAUCGUCAUAGUGGUAGAAGGCAGUGGCCACUUGGGAAAAUUACCAAUCCGUGAAGGCUGCAUCUUGUUUAUCAGCGCCGGGAAGGAACUGCCGAUCAAGGCCCAAUUUACGCUCAACAUGUACCAGGCAUAUUGUCCUGCUUGAAGGGGAUUUCGACUAUUGUCGAGGUGGCUAGUCAUUGUAGGAUAUUUACAGAAAUCUUCGGUGAUACUUUUGAACGCUUUACACAAAAUAAACAGUUCCAAGUGUCUUA